AUGAUUCAUCAGCCUGCCGCUUUUGUGUCCGCCGCCGCCGCCGCCGCCGCGUCAACCCGCCGAGUCCUCCUCAGCGGCAUCCACCCCAGCAACCCCCUCCCGCCCCUCACCGUCAGACUGCUCCACGGCCGCCUCCUCCGGCUCGACAUCCUCGCCGACCUCUCCCAGUUCCUUCUCCGGGCGCUCUCCUCCUCCGGCCUCCACCUCCACGCCCUCGCCCUACACUCCCUCUUCCCCGACCCUCCGCACCUAACCUUGCCCUUUGCCCUCAAGUCCGCCUCCCGCCUCCCCAACCCUCUCCCCGUCGGCGAGCAGCUCCACGCCCGUUCCCUCAAGCUCCCCUCCCACUCCAACCCCCACGUCCUCACUUCCCUCCUAAGCCUCUACGCAAAAUGCGGCCUCCUAGACCACGCGCGGCAAGUGUUCGACGAAAUGCGCUGCCCCAGCACAGUUUCUUGGACUGCGCUCAUCGCAGCCUACAUGAACGCGGGGCGCGACAGAGAAGCCGUGGCUGCUGCGAGGGACGCGUUCGCGAGCGGGGUGCGUCCGGACAGCUUCACGGCCGUGCGGGUCCUGACGGCGUGCGCCCGGGUCGUGGACCUGGACACUGGGGAGGCGGUGUGGAGGGCGGCGGAGCGGGAGGGGAUUGCGACCAGUGUGUUUGUGGCCACUGCAGCGGUAGAUUUGUAUGUCAAGUGCGGUGAGAUGGCCAAGGCAAGGGAGGUGUUUGACAAGAUGCCGGAGAAGGAUGCGGUGGCUUGGGGUGCUAUGGUCGGGGGAUACGCUUCCAACAGUCACCCCCGAGAGGCUCUGGAGCUCUUCUUUGCAAUGCAGGCUCAGGGAGUGCGGCCAGAUUGCUACACGUUAGCUGGUGCGCUCUCGGCAUGCACACGGUUGGGUGCGCUUGAUCUGGGACGGCAGGCAGUUGGGGCGGUGAAUGGGGAUGAGUUUCUUGACAACCCAAUCCUAGGGACUGCGCUGAUCAAUAUGUACACCAAGUGUGGGAGCACAGGCGAGGCGUGGGUUGUGUUCCAGCAGAUGAGAAGGAAAGACGUUAUUGUUUGGAACACGAUGGUCUUGGGACUCGGCAUGACUGGACAUGGCAAGACUGCGUUCGCCCUUGUUGGCCAGAUGGAGAAGUCAGCUGUGAAACUGAAUGACAAUACUUUCAUCGGCAUUCUCUGCAGCUGCGCUCAUACUGGCCUUGUAAAAGAUGGACGGCGCUACUUCCGUAACAUGAUUCAGUUAUACCACAUCAUCCCUCGGAUUGAGCACUACGGUUGCAUGGUUGACAUGCUCAGCCGUGCUGGAUUGCUCCAGGAAGCUCAUCAGCUUAUUAAUGACAUGCCAAUGCAGGCAAAUGCUGUCGUGUGGGGUGCACUUCUUGGUGGCUGCAAGAUCCACCGGGACACGAAGCUUGCAGAGUGUGUCUUGAAGCAGCUCAUCCUGCUAGAGCCCCGAAAUUCAGGAAAUUAUGUCAUGCUCUCGAACAUCUACUCUAAGAGCAACAGAUGGGAGGAUGCUGCAAAGCUUAGAUUGGAUAUGAAGGCGCAUGGGGUUGAGAAGGUCCGUGCAUAUAGCUGGGUUGAGCUUAGUGGUAAGGUUCACGAGUUCUGUGUUGGAGACAAGUCGCAUCCCCUCAUGGAUCAAAUUUACAAAAAGCUCGAUGAAUUAGGCAUGGAAAUGAAGAACAUGGGUUACAAACCAACUACUGAUGUGGUGAUGUUCGAUGUUGAAGAUGAGGAGAAGGAGCAGACUCUAGUUCAUCACAGCGAGAAACUUGCCAUUGCAUUCUGCCUUCUCAGCACCCCAACUGGGGAGGUCAUUAGGGUCACCAAGAACCUCAGAGUUUGCACUGACUGUCACACUGCUAUUAAACUUAUAUCAAGGAUAGCUGACCGGGAGAUAAUUAUUCGAGAUAACAACCGUUUUCAUUGUUUCAGAGAUGGCUCUUGCUCUUGCAACGAUUACUGGUAGAAGUAAAAGAAAGUGAUGUGUAGUUGCAAAUUUUAGCAGCAUGGAGCCAUCUCCAUUUGACUGGUAAAUUUGAGCCAGCGAGAUAGAUAUACUUACAGAAAACUC